GACACUUACUAACCGGUUGAUGAUGAGGAUGGACUUGUACUCACUGAAGAUGGAAGAGGGAGGUAGCGUAAUUGAUCACAUCAACAAGUUUAAUGAGCAAGUAUCAAGGUUGUUAAAUGCAGGGGAGACUAUCAAGGAUGAAGAGCAAGGGCUGCUUCUACUGGCUUCACUACCAAAAUCCUUUAAGCCGUUUGUGCAGUCAAUGAUAGCAGGAAGGACUACACUGCGACUAGAUGAGGUGACGACUGCCUUGAAGGAGAGUCAAAGGAUGAUGGGAGGUGAAGAGUCUUCCGGGGACAGUCAUUUACUAGCUGCUGUGAGUGUUGAGAAAGGGAGGAAGAAGAAGAGUGACCAACUUGGGAGAAGAUCUCAGCUGAGAGACAUGAGCACUGUUAGGUGCUAUUACUGUGAAAAGUUGGGUCACACGAAGAACGGUUGUCCAGAACUCAAGGAGGACUUGCAGAUCCUAAAGGAGAAGAAGGGCAAAUCGAAGGAAGCUUCUUUCGCAAAUGUGAUCACUUAUGAAGAUGAUCUUUUCUGAAGAUAAGAGUACUGAUGGACAGAAGAUUCUGCAGGAUGGGAGUAUCGCUGCAGAAAUCGCAAAUGAUGUAGGACUUUGAAUUAAGGAGAGAUUUGUUGAGUGUUACUUCAAAGUCCCACAUCGGUGGGAUAGGAAAAUUGAGGAGGGAUUGGAGCCUAUAAAUAAAGAGGAGAUAU